UGGGCCUCUUUGGUCUCGGUGGCAGAAGCGAGAUGACGAAGGGAACGUCCUCGUUUGGAAAGCGUCGGAAUAAGACGCACACGUUGUGCCGUCGCUGUGGCUCUAAGGCCUACCACCUUCAGAAGUCGACCUGUGGUAAAUGUGUACCUGCCAAGCGGAAGAGGAAGUAUAACUGGAGUGCUAAAGCUAAAAGACGAAAUACCACCGGGACUGGUCGAAUGAGGCACCUAAAAAUUGUAUACCGCAAAUUCAGGCAUGGAUUCCGUGAAGGAACAACACCUAAACCCAAGAGGGCAGCUGUUGUAGCAUCCAGUUCAUCUUAAGAAUUUUAA